AUGAACAUGGGUGACCUCUCCAAGGAUGAUGACUUCCUUAGCCAUCUGCUAGUCGAGAAGCUUGGAACUGGCGCUGUUCCAUUGCUCGUGCAUAAGAUGGAUCCAUCUCGAAGACUCCCAAAGACCAAUACCGAGGAUCUCAUGCAAAUCGUUAGACGCCUGGUUAUAAGUAAGCUCGGUCCUCAGAAUGCUGUUCGACAAGCCGUGGACGACCUCCUUGUUCUGCCUUCUGUUCGUUACUACCUCAAGCCCUACACGCAGAAGCAGAUUAAUGCUUUCGCCACACACGCCUCGCGAUACUUUGAGCUCUACAACCCUGCAGGGUGCAUAGAAAUUGCUCACACGUCUAGAUAUUCUCACAGGACAGGAAAAUCAGAGUUAUGCAUCCUCGCUACGCGCCCCUUAGCCCCUGGAGUGGUAAUUAUUGAGCUGAAGGGAUCAAUGGCACAUCUUUCGACGGAGGAAGACAAGGAACUCAAGCGCACCGACCUGAGAAAUAUCGAUAUCAGGAGGGACUUUAGUGUCAUCCAUUCACGUCAAAUGAAGAAGAACCAUCUAUUUUUGGGGCCCGCCCGAUUUGUGAACCACGAUUGUGACAACAACUGUGAACUUUUUCGCGAGGGCAAGUAUAUCACAUUUCGCACUCUUCGGGCUAUCUCCAUGGGCGAGGAGAUUACCGCGCAUUACGGCGAUGGUUACUUUGGUGGCAAGAAUCGACACUGCCUCUGUGAAACUUGCGAGAAGAACGGUAGAGGAGGCUACGCUCCAGAUCAUUCCGAUGGCGAUGUGGAUUCGGGCGGCGAACAAGAUGCCGAAGUAUCAGAUGACGACGCUGAAGUGUGUGCCGCGACAGUUGCCGAUGUCAACGAGCGCAGGACGCGGCGUGGCGUUUACGCCAUCAUUCAGGAGGAAGAUUCUGAUUCUGAGGAGAGCGAUGACGAAGACAAAGAGGGUGACAAACCACUUGCGAAUGCCCCUGACGCUUCUGGGGAUGAUGAAGUUGAUAUGGAGCUAGGUGGGGAAGCUUGCCGCUCGGUAGCCAUUUCCUCGUCCUCUCGUCAUUCUGCAGUCAUAGGUGCAACAGUCGCCACGCCUGAUCCUGAUGUUCAACUAUCACGUAUGACAUCGUUGAGCGCCGAGGGAUCAGCGUCUUCCAAUAAGGGGAAAGCGCCGGCAAAGUGCGUCAUUUCCGCUCGCCGACAGAAGAUGGAGUCGUCCAGCAAACAUUCUACUCCUGUCGCCCAUGAUACUUUGCACAACCUGUCGUCCCGUCUUAGGGGUCAACAUCUUCGGGAUAGCGUGUCGGUCACACCUAGUAGGAGCAAAGGAAAGGAGGCAGAGAAGGCUCAGGUCAAGGAAGAGUCUGAGGCAAGAGUUCUCCGAGCGCGUCCUUCUGUAAUCGCGGAAAAGCUUGAUUCGGCGGGGCCCCCGAAACGCGAGAUUCCUCGUGGCUCAGAUGGUCGUCCCCUGCCAACGUGCGUGACGUGCUCGAAUGUCUUGCCUGUGAUUUCCGUGGAUUCCAAAGUUGUGUGGGGUCUGAAUUUAGACUCCCCGCGGAAAGGCAAGAAGUCCAAACAAAGACAAGAGUGUCCAAGGUGUAUGCGCCAUGUCGCUAUAUAUGGUCAGCCAUGGCCAGCUCGUAUUCCAAGCCAAGCUGUUGUUGCUCCACCCCGUGAUGACGUCGAAGCCAGCUCCUCGCGGCGCCCCCCUCAGAAGACUGCCCCUGCCGUAGAACGCAAGCAUGUGCCCUCCGUCGACGAGCGUCCUCUGAAGAAGCGCAAAGCUGAUGACGGACCAAGUGUAGAAAUGUCAGCCAAAGCAAAGGAGCUUUUUGGGCCACUGAAGAGAAAAAGGGGCCGACCACGCAAGUACCCUCUUCCUGAAGAAGAGCUGCCAAAACGGAAAAGAGGCCGGCCCCGUAAAUAUCCUGUUCCUGAGGCGUCUCCCCGAUCUCAGCCACCCUCACCUCCUAAGCCUCCAUUGACUCCACCGGCACCCGUGAUUAUGCCUUCCGUUCCCCCAUCCCCAAGCGCUUUGGCGGUGCAAUCACAACCUCGAGACUCGAACGGCCGUUUCGGCAAGAAAGCCACUACGAACGGAAGAUUUGUCCGAAGGAAGUUUGGUGCUUUACAGAACCUGACACGCACAGAGAGGCUUUUCCACAGAAAUAUUAAGGUCACGCAGUGGCUCGCUGGCAGACAUGAAGAAGAUGAGACGGACGACGAAGAAGCAGACGCACAGGACUGGGAUCAAGCGAAUGAUCCAGAGACCCUUCCUACUGGAAAACGAGCGGCAUCAUUCCCACCUGAAAGCUCAGCACCGCUAACGAAGAAGCCCCGACAUUUUGCCAGUCCAUUUGAAAGAAAUGACGAAGCGUUGGAAUACAGCCCCUCUGUACCCUCGGCUUACAGGUUCAAAGGAGUGGGUAGCAGCCUUCUAUAUCACCCCAAUCCGACAAAUUACGCUCGUCGGAAGUGGGCACCGUGCCCUGAUGACGUAUCUCAGGAUGAAGAGGACAGUGGCCCCUCUCUUCCAACUCUGGAAAGUGACAGUAAUGGUCCCGUCACGCCCGAUGAUCAUACGCCGUUACCCAUAGCUGGUCCGUCUCAGCUUGAGUAUACAGUCGCGGAAAAAUUAGCCCAGCGAUCUAGUUGGCGAGGGCCUGCACAUAAUAGCGUUCUAACCUUCCAACCAUCUCCAGUCAAUUUUGCCAGACGUCGUUGGUCUUCAAUGUCCAAGCCCCCCCUUGACUCUGGUUCAGGAACACGCCGCAGCGAGCGGCUGAAUCCAAAGGCUUCCUUCUCUGGAGAAGACGGUUCCACGAAAGUUCCUAGCGCAGAUGGACCACAUGCGACCCCCACUGUUGGUUCACGAUCAAGCGUUCGCGUUUCGUCUGGGUCGGAGAAUAUGUAUAUAGAAGGUGGUGCAGUUCCUCGUGCCGGGUCCUACGCAUCAUCAUUUGACGACGUACGUACAUCUACUUCUUAUACUUAG